ACCACGCCCUUUAAAAAAGUUGUUUGACACCCUUACUUGCCUAAAAACAACGUUACCUAACCUUGCGUAACUGCUCGAUAUUUACGGUUUGUUUGAUUUCUUCGAAACUGAUAAGUUUUCGAUACAUUGAGACGGAGAUGGCAUCCAGCUUCAGGAAACCCAGUGGAACCGCAAUUCAGCGAAAGAAAGCAGCUCCCAAACAGGAGCUGAGCGAGGAACAGAAGCAGGAGAUCCGAGAGGCCUUCGAUCUGUUCGAUACCAAUGGUUCUGGCACUAUUGAUGUUAAAGAGCUUAAAGUUGCUAUGCGUGCUCUUGGUUUUGAGCCAAAGAAAGAGGAAAUCAAGAAGAUGAUUGCUGACAUCGAUAAAGAAGGAUCUGGCACCAUCGACUUCAAUGACUUUCUGUCCAUGAUGGCACAAAAAAUGAGUGAAAAAGAUUCAAAGGAAGAAAUCCUAAAAGCCUUCAGAUUGUUCGAUGACGAUGGAACAGGCAAAAUUUCCUUCAAAAAUCUCAAACGAGUUGCAAAGGAGCUUGGGGAAAACCUGACAGAUGAGGAAUUACAGGAAAUGAUAGACGAAGCAGACCGAGACGGAGAUGGAGAAAUCAAUGAACAGGAGUUCUUAAGGAUAAUGAAGAAGACUAACCUGUAUUAAAGUUUUUUUUUUUUCCCCUUUCUUUU